AUGGGAAUAACAUGGGUGAACCCAGGAAGCAAAUCAGCACCUUCCAUCCAGCAGGCCGGAAGAAGGGGCCGGGGAGCAGCUUACGAAAUAGUUCAGGUCUCUGUCUUGAACGGAGCCCUCUGGGACCCCACGGAGAGCAUCCACUCAAAGGAUCAUCCGGACGUGUUGAAUAUUCGAAUACAACUGGAAAGCAAAGAGCUGAUCGUAAACCUGGAAAGAAACGAAGGCCUCAUCUCUAACAGCUUCACAGAAACCCAUUAUCUGCUGGAUGGCACCGAUGUCUCCCUCACUCGAAAUUACACGGGUCACUGUUACUACCACGGACACGUGCAAGGAUCCUCCGGUUCCACAGCCAGCCUCAGCACUUGCUCUGGCCUCAGGGGACUUAUUACAUUUGAAAAUAACACGUAUCUCUUGGAACCAAUGAAAAAUGAAACCAGUGAAUACAAGCUCUUCCCGGUGGAGAACCUGAGAGGCACCUGGGGGUCCUGCGGAUCACAUCACGGCACGUCUGCCCCGGCUGCAGAGACCAGGCUCCCGCCGCCCUCCCAGACGUGGGCAAGAAGGCAUAAAAGAGAGACCCUCAAGAUGACCAAGUACGUAGAGCUGGUUAUUGUCGCGGACAACCGAGAGUUUCAGAGGCAAGGAAAAGAUCUGGAAAAAGUUAAGCAGCGAUUAAUAGAGAUCGCUAAUCACGUUGACAAGUUUUACAGACCACUGAACAUUCGGAUAGUGCUGGUGGGCGUCGAGGUAUGGAAUGACAUCGACAAAUGCUCGAUUAGUCAGGACCCAUUCACAAGCCUCCACGAAUUCCUGGACUGGAGAAAGAUGAAGCUUCUACCUCGAAAAUCACAUGACAACGCCCAGCUUAUCAGUGGGGUUUAUUUCCAAGGGACCACCAUUGGGAUGGCACCCAUCAUGAGUAUGUGCACAGCAGAGCAGUCCGGAGGAAUCGUCAUGGACCAUUCAGACAGCCCCCUUGGCGCAGCUGUGACCCUGGCACACGAGCUGGGCCACAAUUUCGGGAUGAACCAUGACACUCUGGAGAGAGGCUGUGGCUGCAGUGUGGCUGCUGACAAAGGAGGCUGUAUCAUGAACCCUUCGACCGGGUUCCCUUUCCCCAUGGUGUUCAGCAGCUGCAGCAAAGAGGACCUAGAGGCCAGCCUGGAGAAAGGCAUGGGAAUGUGCCUCUUCAACCUGCCCGAAGUGAAGCAGGCUUUCGGGGGCCAGAAGUGCGGGAACGGAUAUGUGGAGCAAGGAGAGGAGUGUGACUGUGGCGGGCCGGAGGAAUGUACGAACGUCUGCUGCAAUGCCACCACCUGUACCCUGAAGCCGGACGCUGUGUGCGCACACGGGCUGUGCUGUGAAGACUGUCGGCUAAAGCCUGCGGGGACGGCAUGCAGGGACUCCAGCAAUUCCUGUGACCUCCCCGAGUUCUGCACGGGGGCCAGCCCCCAGUGCCCGGCCAACGUGUACCUGCACGACGGGCACCCGUGUCAGGGAGUCGACGGCUACUGCUACAACGGCAUCUGUCAGACCCACGAGCAGCAGUGCGUCACGCUCUGGGGACCAGGUGCUAAACCGGCCCCUGGGAUCUGCUUUGAGAGAGUCAACUCCGCAGGGGACCCUUACGGCAACUGUGGCAAAGACUUCAAGAGUUCCUUUGCCAAAUGCGAGAUGAGAGAUGCUAAAUGCGGGAAAAUCCAGUGUCAAGGAGGCGCCAGCCGGCCCGUCAUCGGUACCAAUGCCGUUUCCAUCGAAACGAAUAUCCCGCUGCAGGAAGGAGGGCGGAUUCUGUGCCGUGGGACCCACGUGUACUUGGGCAAUGACAUGCCGGACCCCGGGCUUGUGCUUGCGGGCACAAAGUGUGCGGACGGAAAAAUCUGCCUCAAUCGUCGAUGUCAAAACAUAAGUGUCUUCGGCGUUCAUGAAUGUGCCAAGCAGUGCCACAGCAGAGGGGUGUGUAACAACAGGAAGAACUGCCACUGCGAGGCCCACUGGGCGCCUCCCUUCUGCGACAAGUUUGGCUUUGGGGGAAGCACAGACAGCGGCCCCAUCCGGCAGGCAGACAACCAAGGUUUGACCAUAGGAGUCCUGGUGACGAUCCUGUGUCUUCUCGCUGCUGGAUUUGUAGUUUAUCUGAAAAGGAAGACGCUAAUACGCCUGCUGUUUACAGAUAAAAAAACCACCAUCGAAAAGCUAAGGUGUGUGCGCCCUUCUCGGCCGUCGCGUGGCUCGAACCCUGGCCAGGCUCACCUCAGCCACCUCAGCAAAGGCCUGAUGAGGAAGCCACCACAUUCCAACAUGUCGAAGGACAACGCCAGGAGGUGGCCACAGUGUCAGAAUCUUGACAUCAGCGGACCCCUCAGAGCCCUCGACGCCCCUCCGCCCAGUUCGCCUCAGCGAGUGCUCCCGCCUCUCCAGAAGGCUCCCCGUGCACCCCUCGUCCCCGCCAGACCCCUGCCGGCCAACCCUGCUCUUCGGCAGGCCCAGGGAACUUGGAAGCCAAACCCUCCUCAGAAGCCUCUGCCUGCAGAUCCUUUGAGUAAGACCUCCCGGUUCACCAGCCCCUCCGCCAGGGCCCUGGGGCAGCCGGAGUCUGGGCUCUGCCUGGUGCCGCUCAGACCCACUCCGAAACACCCACGUCAAGUGCCCAGACCUACCCACGCUGCCUACGCGAAGUGAGAAGCAAGUCGCCAUCUUUUUUCAACAGUGAAGACAGAAGUUUGCACUAUCUUUCAACUCCAGUUGGGAGUUCUGUGUUUUUGUACCAACUUUUAGAAUUUUUUUUUUUUUUUAAUGUUUAAAACACCAUUAUUUUGAGAACUUCGAGCUACUGCCGUCGGUGCUGUGCUGUGCUAUGGUGCUCUGUAUACUUGCUCAGGUACUUAUAAAUUAUUAAUUUAUGCCAAAUGCUUGUUACAGUGCAGUGCGCUGUGGGAGGCAUUUUUACCAUCACUGAGUUUUUUCCACGGAAGGAAGGCUUGUGUGCUUUCAGCAGUUUAGUGAACUUGAAAUAUCAUGCUUUAUGGGCUUCUGGACAGGAGGUUCACUUUCCGAUCGAGGCUUUAUCGAAGAACUGUUCCCCAGCCAUGCGUGGCUGUGGUUAUGGCACAGACACAGCCCAGGAGACCCCAGGUAGAAUGAAUGCUGAGUGAUUCUCUGGAACCCCUGAUCUCGAGCUAGAGCCAAGGGCUUCGAGUCCAGGCUGGGUGUGGCUGUCGGGGAGACCCUGGCCCCGCCCACCAGCGGCUACGCCUUGAACUUCCAGGAGAGCAGGGAAGGAUCUGGCUUGGGGCCAGGAAGCUUGGAAGAGAACCCGAGUUGCAGGAAGGAAUUUUAAGGUGUGGCCGCCCCAGGACAGAGCCUGGAACACAGGAGGCCAGGCAGAAACUUGACCGUGAGCUCACCAGCCGUGAGCACAUUUGGAGAGCAGGCAAAGACGGUGGCUUUGCAGAAACACUGCCCUCCGCACAGUGCUGGCCUCCGCGUCUUAUCUAGAUGGGGAAAGGUGGCGUUUCUACAAGGAGGCUCCUGCCCAGGCCUGAAUCUCUCCCUGUACGGUUUGGCGCUGAGCAAAUUACCACCUUUUCUCAACCGUAAUACAGUGAUUCUGUGUUCAGACGGAUGGAUGAGGCUUUCCAUGGGACCAUAACUAUUUUCAGCUGUGAACCAGUAACCUGUAGAUAAAAAUCUUUUAUUGCAAGGUUCAAACUUAUUAAAAAUUGGGCAGACUCCGUAUGCCUGCAAAAACUACAACCGAAUGGAUGCCAUGAGGCAGCCUGCGUCCGCCGUUCGUCUAGGACAAAGAAUCCUAAGUUACUCGUAAGUUAUUUAGGG